AUGACCGACACUCUAAUACCCUCCUCUCCUCAGAUGGAGGCUGAGCGCAACUUCGAGAGAGAGAAAUCGAAGAAGCCUGAUCCCAUCACGGUCUCGAGUGGCUCCAAACUGGCCUCGCCGUUCCCGUCCCCUACCGAAGCCAAACGACCCGCUUCACUCAAGCAGCCCCAACCUGCCGAAGCUAGCGAAGAGAAUAAGGCCCCGGAAUACCUUCAGCUGUCUAAAGAGACGGAGGGCUCUUUCGGGAGCAAGGAUAAAAUAUCCCCUACGCAGCAUGGCUCGCCGAGAGAGAGGCCACCCGUAAACACGCGGCCACCGAACAGGUCCACCGACGAGAGGCCGCAAUCAGCAAGCCAGCAAAGGCAACAGGCAUCCGCUCCUGGGUUGUCUCCUCCGUCCGGCCCUCCCAGCGUCCAAUUUCGCGACCACGAUAAUGAGGCCGUCGAGGUGCCCUCGUCACACCCGCAGUCUCGACCCUCCUCUUUAUAUGGUGAUGAUGGGGACCAAUCUAAAGGGAAACAAUCUAUCCUCCAUCGGUUAAAGUCCCUGGCCGUUUCUCCCUCGUUUGCCUCGCACGCGCGAUCCCCUAGCGGAGCCACGAUCGGAGACUUCCGGCCAGGCCCAAAUGAUGUGGCCACCCCGGGCUCUGAACGAAGCGAAUUUCUCUUCCCCGUCGCUGAGCCUCUGGCUGAAGAGGGAAGUGACAUCGACGCCGAUGCCGAGGAGAGCGGCGGGGAGCAACGUGAUCGCCCCAAAAAGAAGAAACCCCUACGGCGGCGACAGCAACAAGAAGACGAGGCUGGGGCUCGUACUGCCCCUACGACGCCAAAAACCACACGCAGACCCUCCUUCCACUUUUCAUCCUCGUUUGCUCCCUUCGAGAACUAUCGCAACAACAUAUUCCCCCGAAGAGCUAGCACCACUGAGUUCACGCCUCAAAAUCGGGAGGGCGUAUCCGAGGACGAGGGUCGCGACAGGCUCAACCGGCGAAGGCGAUCUGCCUGGGGCGGAACCCGUGGCUUGUCGUAUGUAAGACGGCAGGAGGACAGAACCCAGGAGGAACAACCACGGCCGAGUAAUUUGAGGAGACUCACUGCCCUUGCUGGCCCAUCUGAAAAUGCCGAAAGUCUUGCAGCUACCUGGAGACGGCAUCGGAACGAGCGUGGCACCAGUGCCAGUGGCCAGCGGUGGAGACAGAUCAAAGCUGGCUUCAAGCUCAUGGGUCAGCGUCGCAAGGGCGACAAUGCAGUGGAUACUAAGAAAUCUGCGGAAUUGCUUGCCGAGCUGUCCUCGGCUGUCCCAGCUGCCCUGAUUCUGGCCAGUUUCUUCCAACGAGACGAACACGGAAGCAAACGUAUACCGAUCCUCUUAGAGCAACUGAAGGUCCGUGUUACGGACAGCCGCAUCGACUCGCAUUCAGGCGAUCGCCAUCUAGUGUUUCGGAUCGAGCUGGAGUAUGGAAGUGGCAUGACUCGAAUGAAGUGGAUCAUCUACAGGACUCUGAGAGAUUUUGCCAACCUGCACUUGAAGUACAAGCUUCAUCUCGGAACCCAGAAAUACAUUCAGCUGCGGGCAACUGAGAACAGCCCCAGCCUUCCUCGUUUCCCGAGAAGCGCUUUCCCUUACAUGCGAGGUGUGCGAGGGCUAGAAAGCGAGUUUGAGGACGAGGAAGAUGAUGGUGGAUAUGAGACUGGCCCUGAGGCCGUGAGUGGCAAUGAACGAUCCGGAAAAAAGAAGGCCAAGAACCAACAACACCAGCGCCGACCUUCUGGGGUUGGUCCUCUGGCUCGCAGGAAGUCCAGUAUCACUAACCAGGAGGGUGAAUCUGCCGCGGGACCUUCAUCUGUUCAUGAUGGAGUGGGUGGCAAAAGGGAAACUUAUCCAGAGAGGCAACGGAAGAAGCUGGAGAUGUACUUGCAAAAGAUGAUCCGCUUCCUGAUAUUCCGGGCUGACAGCAACCGGUUGUGCAAGUUCCUUGAGUUAUCUGCCCUCGGAGUUCGUCUCGCUGCGGAAGCAAGUUAUCACGGCAAGGAGGGAUUUCUGAUCAUUCAGUCGUCGAAGGGUCUUGACUUCCGAAGGGCCCUGACACCGUCUCUGAUCAAGAAGCGACAUUGGCCCAAGUGGUUCCUUGUUCGGCACAGCUACGUGGUCUGUGUUGAUUCACCAGAAGAGAUGAACAUCUACGAUGUCUUUUUGGUGGACUCUCACUUCAAGAUCCAGACACAAAAGAUCAGCAUUCGUAAUCAAAAGGCGAAAGACCUAGCCAAGUCGGCGAAGCAGUCUGCAAGACACCCCCAGCACCACACUCUGCGGCUUGAAAAUUCCGAACGCAAGCUGAAGUUGCUGGCCCGGAAUGAACGCCAACUACAACAGUUUGAGGAUUCAAUUCGCUUCAUGGCUGCAAAUACGCCGUGGAUGCGGCCAAACCGGUUUGACAGUUUUGCCCCCGUCCGGCAGAAAUGUUUCGCUCAGUGGCUAGUCGAUGCACGAGAUCAUAUGUGGGUGGUCUCGAGAGCUAUCAACCAGGCUAAGGACGUCAUCUACAUCCAUGAUUGGUGGUUGAGUCCAGAACUGUAUAUGCGACGACCUGCGGCCAUCAGCCAAAAAUGGCGCUUGGACCGUCUGCUUCAGAGAAAGGCUCGUGAAGGUGUGAAGAUCUUUAUCAUCAUGUACCGAAACAUCAACUCUGCGAUCCCUAUCGACUCGGAGUACUCCAAGUUUUCGCUCCUUGAGCUCCACCCCAACGUCUUUGUCCAGAGGUCUCCGAACCAGUUCCGUCAGAACACCUUCUUCUGGGCACAUCACGAGAAACUCUGCCUCAUCGAUCAUACCCUCGCUUUUGUGGGAGGCAUUGACCUGUGCUUUGGGCGUUGGGAUACGCCUCAGCAUCACCUCACUGACGACAAGCCCACUGGUUUUGAAACGUCUGACACGGUCAAAAAUGCAGACAACUGUCAGCUCUGGCCGGGCAAAGACUACUCCAAUCCACGUAUUCAGGACUUUUAUGACUUGGAUAAGCCAUACGAGGAAAUGUACGAUCGCAAUGUUGUGCCGCGUAUGCCCUGGCACGAUAUUUCGAUGCACGUGGUGGGCCAACCUGCCCGAGAUCUCACUCGGCAUUUCGUUCAGCGCUGGAACUACAUCCUGCGUCAACGCAAGCCAACGCGACCAACGCCCUUCUUGCUACCUCCUCCAGAUUUCAACCCUGCUGAUUUGGAAGCUUUGGGUCUUGAUGGAACCUGUGAAGUUCAGAUACUACGCUCUAGCAGUAUGUGGUCGACUGGGACGCCCGACGUCACGGAGCAUAGCAUCAUGAAUGCCUAUGUCAAGUUGAUUGAAGAGUCUGAGCGAUUUGUCUACAUUGAGAACCAAUUCUUCAUCAGCACCUGUGAAAUCGAGGGCAAGAAGAUUGAAAACUUGAUUGGAGACGCGUUGGUGGAACGUAUUGUACGAGCAGCCAAGAAUGAAGAAGCGUGGCGCGCCGUUAUCGUCAUCCCUCUCAUGCCAGGCUUUCAGAACACCGUUGAUAGCGAAGGUGGAACCAGUGUGCGCCUUAUUAUGCAGUGUCAGUACCGCAGCAUCUGUCGCGGCGAAACAUCGAUCUUUGGUCGUCUUCGUGCACUGGGUAUUGAGCCGGAGGACUACAUUCAGUUCUUCAGUCUACGUGCCUGGGGAAAGAUUGGGCCGACGAAGCAGCUGGUGACGGAGCAACUCUACAUUCACGCAAAAUGCAUGGUCGUUGAUGAUCGUGCUGCCAUUAUUGGGUCUGCAAACAUCAACGAACGAUCAAUGCUGGGAUCGCGCGAUUCCGAGGUUGCAGCCGUGGUACGGGACACGGACAUGAUUCAAUCCAUCAUGAAUGGCAAACCUUACCUCGUCGGGAGGUUCCCCCACACUCUUCGUAUGCGCCUCAUGCGGGAACAUCUUGGAAUUGACGUCGAUGAGCUUCUGGAGCAUGAUUUCGCCACGGAAGAAGAGCUGCGUAAAAUUCAGGUUGUUGAAGAGGACGCUCGACCAGCCGGUGAUCGCGAAAGACGGGGCUCUGAAUCGUCGAUGAUUGAGCGCCAAGACGAACGAGAGAUGAUUGACCGUCGGCAUCGUGUCCAGGAUGAAUUCCUGUCCCGCUCAGAAGACCUGCACAGCUUCAAUCAUGAUGUUGACUGGGAGCAAGGCAACAAUCCCAACCUCAAGAGCAAUCGGAGACUCACCUCCGAUCCACGAGUUACAGACAAUCCCGAUCACAGGAAGGACGUGGAUGGCGACGGCUUUGAUAAUCUGAAAGCUGCUGAGCAAGCUGGUCUGGCAGUUGCCCGCGACUCGCAGAUGACCCCGGAUGGUAGAGAGUCCCUGGUCUCGCCUAUCUCUUCCGAAGGCAAGGGUACUGUCGAUCAACCGAAGCAAUCGCCUCAGCGCAAGCCCGCUCGGCCAUCAUCGACCCCCAAGAAUGGACAAGGGCCUUCGGAGGUUGACAGCGUGGGUCUGAUGGUGUCCAAGGAACACCACGACACCUCUAGACAUGGACAUCUAUUCACGCCAGAUUUGAAGCGUAUCUUUGUCGACAAGGAUUGUAUGAAGGAUCCUUUGAACGACGCAUUCUACCUGGACACCUGGCUAGCACUUGCUGAAAAGAACACGAAAAUCUAUCGUUCUGUCUUCCGGUGCAUGCCCGACAGCGAGGUCAAGAAUUGGAAGGAAUACAAGGAGUAUGCUGCAUAUGGAGAACGUUUCUCCGAGAUGCAGAGCCAGCAGAGCAGCAAGCCAUCCGACCCGCCUAAUCAGAAACAAACCGGCCCUCCUGCAGCUGCCUCUUCUACAACUGGAGCUUCGCUUGCCUCUCCCGUAUCCCUCGUUUCCCCAAAGACCGAGGGACUAGUGGCCGAGCAGAGAACUCCUCAAACAAUUGACGAGAAGGCCGAGCUUGUGACGCAUGAUACCAAGGGGAAUGAGUCCGAUCGACCGCAGUCCGAGCUCAUCCAACACGAGACCUUGUCACCUCUUGAUGAAAAGUCUGCCUUGAAGGCGGCAUCUGACCCACACCUGUUGAGCACAGCGCAGAACGGCAGCGACGACAGUGUCGCUGGCGGCGAGGACGCACAAAAGCCUCGCUCGAACUCUGCACAUGUCGAUUAUUCCGAGGCAGUGAAUCUGAAUGCAUCUCAAUCUCGGAGACGCAGACGCAGAGCAACCACAAUUGGCUCCAAGCGCGAUCUUCAUGGCCAUGACGAUGUGAUGGAUAAGGAGCGCGCGGAGGAUCUUCUGAACAAGGUCCAGGGUCAUCUUAUUCUCUGGCCAUACGACUGGCUUGAGAAGGAGGAGCAAGGUGGAAACUGGCUCUACGCUUUGGACCAGAUUUCGCCUUUGGAGAUCUACAACUGA